AUGACAGGCGUGGCCGGGGGCCCCUCACCCCCCGCGGCCUCCGCAGCGCCCUCAGCGCCCGGCGCGCUCUCAGCGCCCGCACAGCCGCAACAGGCAGCGACCAAACCUGGACGGAACCAAAUCAAGCCGUUGUACGCACUCGUGGACGCCACCCACAACUACCCGGCGAUCUACCGCGCCCUGAAGGGGUCCCUUCAGGACAAGUUCACGGUUUACAACCGUGGCCGCGAUCAGCUACAGAUACAGACCGCGAGCGUGCCCGAGUAUCAACUGACAAUCAGAGCCCUUCAGGCCAUAGGCGCCCAGUUUUCAGUCCUACUUCAAAAGGACGAAAUACCAAGCAAAUUCGUGUUCAGGGGUGUCCACAGGGAGACCCCAGCCGAAUUUCUCGCCGAAACGUUCCAGGACAUGCGGCUGCCCGUGCAGUCGUUCUGGUUCUUGGAAAACCGCUACCGCCACCCGGAGGGGCCAAAUCAAUGCAGCAAUUGUCAGCGCUUCAGCCACGUGGGCAAGGGCUGCAAUUCCAAAUCUGUCUGCCACUGGUGCAGCGGCCCGCACCGCGCUCCAGACUGCCCGCACGGGGGCAGCCGCAAAUACCGGCAGCACAAACACCGCCCCAGCCACAAGGCCCCUCAGGCCAGCAACCUGGCAACCCGCGCCAGUACUCGGGCCCACCGGCACCACCCAACUCUGCCCCUGGGGCCCCCCUGCGCCCACCCAACUGGGGCAAUACGUCCCCCAACCAGCACCAAACAGUUCCAAGGCCAGCCCGCGCCACACUUCAAGAAGCACCCGAGCGGCCACAAAAAUGGCAAGGGUGCUGCACGCAAGCCGCGCGACACACCUGCGCCUCCCGCACCGCAGACUCCGGCCCAACCACGCAGCGAGCCGCAGAAGGCCCCCCCUGCACAGCCGCAGCAGGCCUCACCUGCACCUGCCGACACAAUGGCAGUUGAUGCCGCCCCGGGGACGUCAUCGUCACCCCAGCCCACCCCCGCGCCCACACUAAAAAAACAAGUGCUGGAGGACUUCCUGCAGGUCUUGGAGAAAUCUGAGACCUUCAAGUCAGACCCCAACCUGGCAGCGACCAUCAUGCCAAUGAUGUCUACUGUACAGAGAGAUAACAGUACAGAGAUACAGAUGGAGGGAAUUAAUGUGCCCUUGCCGAGUGAGGACGAGGCAGAGAUGAGCAGCGAUGACGGAUUCAUCACAGUCUCGAGCAAGAAGUCACAACAAGCUGGGUCGUCCAGCUACCAGCCCCAGCCCCCCAGACAGGUAUGGCGCGGCCCCAGCUGCCCUGCUCCUCAACAGUGGCAGAGACCCAACCAGUACUCGGUGCUGGACGACAGGUACGAGUUGGAAUACCCUGUUGUGGCCAACUCUUGGAGGCCCAGAGGGCAGCCUCAGCCCCAGAGAGCCCCGAAAAAACACCAUUCGGGACAUAAAAAUGGAAAGGGGAAGAGGGCCCCGGAGGAACAGCCUGCUCCAAGGCAGGAGCUCUAG